AUUUCAUCCCACCUCAUCGGAUUUUACAUUUCGCAUUCUCGAUUUCUGCCGACCUUUUAAUAUUUUGCUUGUCAUCACAUUGUUUAGACAUUAUAUUUAAUAUUCUGUUACAAAUCAGAUCGAUACAAGUCCUUAACGUCAUUUUAUUUUACAGGCUUUUAAGUGAAAAUAAGCUGAAGGAAAUCAAAGGAGAAACAUUCCAAAAUCUUUCUAAGUUGACAACUCUGUAUUUGGAUGGUAAUGAAAUGAAGGAAAUCAGUGGAGAAUUAUUCCAAUAUCUUUCAGGCUUAAAAUCGCUGUAUCUGGAUAACAGUAACAUGAUGUAUAUUCAACCUGGUGUCUUUGAAAAUCUUCCGAAUUUAGAAAAAUUAUAUUUGGGAGGAAAUCAUAUCAAGAAAAUUCAAAUAGGAUCCUUCGAUAAUCUGCGCAAUUUAAAAUAUCUAUCUCUUGUGAGCAACGGAAUACAAAUCUCUGAGAAUGGCGCGUUCUUAUUCCUUCCCCGUAUUAUUUACAUUGACUUCAGGAGUAAUAGAGAUAUGAUGUGUGGAUGUCAUCUGCCAGCCUUGGUAAAUUAUGUGAAAACAAAGUUCAAGAGACAUAUGAAGGUCGAAGGCAAGUGUCAGGCAGAUAUUGGCAAUAACCAAACCAAAGUAAUACCUAUAAUGGAAUACUCACAAUGUAAAAAUUACUCGUUAUUUCAACGGAAUUUGCUGUGUCAAACAUGUUCAGGGAUGAAGUGCAAUGAAUCGGAAGUGACACACUGUACAGGCGAUGAGCCUGUAUGCCAAUUUAAAUUAUCAAUGGAUGGCAUUAAACUGAAGUUUGAAAAAUCCUGUAGCACAUUCAGAAAAUGUGAUGAUGCUAUGAAAAACAACACCCUUACAUGCAAUGAAUUGACAAGUGGCUCUACCUGCGUUGCUUGCUGCAUCGGAAACUUAUGUAACAAGAAGGAUUUUAGAGGCUGGAGCAAUUCCUUUGUAUUUCCUCUGAUUUCCAGUUCGACGUUUAAAUUCAAUGAAAGUGAAGGUCUUGCUGAAAACAUAUCCAGAGCUAUGGAGCAUGAAUUAUCAAACUUGACAGGAAAUUUCGAAGUGCAGUAUUGCGGCUACGAUGAUAGAGAAGCAUUUACUAUUACUUGCACAGUACCACGUACAAUUACUAAAGACCAAAUAUUUAAACAAAUUUCCGAAAUUUUGAAGACAUCUCAGAUUUUGCGUGACUUGGGAUUGCAACAUCGGAACAUGGAGUUAUUUGAUGAAAUGCUUUGUAAUGAAAACACUACAUCUAUCAAUGGCACUUUCCAUUGGCCGAUGACAAAAAUAGGAACUAAUGUGACGAUCCCAUGCCAUGCAAAUGUAGCAACGAGAUACUGUUCUUCCGGAAAGAUGGAAUAUUCCGAAAUGCCAACAAGUCGUUAUGUGAAAUCACCAAAAUGUUCACCAUUCACUGGUGUCUGGAAAGAACCAUACAUGUCUCAGUGUUACAAUACAGAGGGGAUCACUCGACAACUAGAAAACAUCACAAGUGAAGACAUCGAUAAAGCAAAUGUUGAGGAGAUUUCAACAAUAGUCCGCGAUAUUUCCAAGAAAGCAAAGUAUUUCAAAGCAGAAGAUAUUGACUUGGCUGUAGACAUUCAAGAGAAAAUGGUGCCAUUGAUAUCGAAUGUGUCCACAAAUAUAACACUGAAUAACAUACUUCCUAGUAUCAACGAUAUGAUAGACACACCGGAAGAGAUUUUGAUGGAAGCAGAGCAAUCAGGUGGAACUGGGAGCAGAAUGCUGGACAUUAUAGAAGCAAUCCCGGAAGAGAUUCCACUGGAAGGGCAGCAACUCACAGCUUUAAAUUCUAAUCUUGGUAUUGGUGCCAUCAAAGUGGAGAAGGACACGUUCAAUGGUGCUGUCUUUGGUAUUUCAUUUGGAAAUAAUGAAACUGAAGCAAAGACAAUGAUUCAUAACAACUCAGAUACAAGUCCACAAGCAAAGAUGUCGAUUGACUUCAUUUCAUUACCAAGGGUUUUAUUAAGCCGUCUGAAUUCCAAUGAACGGUCAAACGUUUCAAGGAUUACGUUUUUAUCCCUGAAGGAUGAUAAGCUAUAUAGGGUAAAACAAAAUUCCAGCGCCAAAGCAAAUACUACAAUUAUCAGCAAUAUUAUUGCCGCAAAUGUUCCCAACGUUCAAAUAAUGGACCUUGACCAACCAGUUACCAUAUCGGUCGGCUUAACAGAAAAGAAUCCUGGCAACUUACGGUGUGUUUAUUGGGAUGAAACUCUUGGACAGGAACCCCAUUGGUCAACAAAAGGCUGUAAUACAUCCACAUAUGUACCUGCAGAGAAAAUGAUUUGCUCCUGUGACCAUCUGACAAGUUUUGCCGUUUUAAUGGAAAUCUACGCGCUUCCGGCACAUGGAAACACUAGCCACCUCUUAUAUAUAACAUCUUACAUUGGCUGCGGAAUAUCAUUAGCCUGUCUAUUACUCACAGUAAUAAUUCAUGUUUGUUCCAAAUAUCUUAGGAAAUUAAUGGCUUCAAAGAUUUUAAUAAACAUGUGCAUUUCUUUGGCUGUCUCUAAUGUUAUCUUUCUUGCUGGGAUGCAGCCAUAUGCCUCAGAAAUAACUGCUUGUAAGACGGUGGCUGCUCUGUUACACUUCUUCAUUCUGACAUCUCUAAUGUGGACGGCUGUUGAAGCCCUUCAUAUCUUCGUGCGUAUGCCAUCUUCUACGAUAAAGAGUUCAAUUGUGGCGUGGGGUCUUCCAGCUGUCAUUGUCGCAAUUACUCUGGCAAUUAACCACACAAACAAUUACAUCAGAAUUGCACAAGUCUGCUGGCUAUCCAAGGUGCCUUCCUAUGCCGCUUUCCUGGCUCCUGUGGUGGCCAUUCUCCUCUUCAACCUUAUCGUGAUUUUUCUCGCUGUCUGUCGACGUAGCUCAAAGAAAAGUGACGAGCAGUCUGAACACGAAAUAAAGAAAAUGCGUGUUUUUGGCAUCUUUAGUGUGACCUUCUUGUUCGUGUUAUCUUGGGUCAUAGCAUUCAUCGCUGUGGAAGAAGGAGUUGGAGUGUUUCACAUACUCUUCAUUAUCUUCAAUAUCCUUCUCGGAAUGUUUAUCUUCAUAUUCUACUGUAUAUGCAAGAAAGAUGCCAGAGAUGCCAUUUCCUCAUGUGCAUGUAACCGAGAGACAGCGAACGUCAUUAUAAACCAAUGAGAACCAAUAAGAGUUCAAGUUCUGAUAAUGAAACAGAUGUUGGAACAGCAGAGACGAGAACAUAAUUAAGAAUAUAAAAAAUUAAUGUCUUUGAGAAUCUUCUUUUCUUCUUAUAUUACAUUAAACAUGCUUGCAUAAAAGAGAACUUCAUUUUUAUCUAUCAAUACAACACUACGAAACUUAGACACUUUAUAAAC